UUUUAAAGAACUACCCAAGCGGGCCUCAUCUCUCCCUUCUUUCUCACGAGUCCUCUUCCUUGGAGGAACCUAAACUAUUCGCAAAGCGGAGAUUGGAAGCUAAGCGAGGUGCCAAAUGUCCAUCCGCAGCCGGAGAUCCCAACCUCCUCCGAAAGCUCCCUUCCAUCCUCCUCUCCAUCUUCAGAAAGCCCGAGCCCAAGACACUCGCGCGCUUGCUUCCUUGCUCCCGAAGCCUCCAACUCCCUUCCACUUAUUCAUACCGCCAUCUCCCCUGGGCUCCUCUUUAAGUGGGAUGCUACUGGUCGUACCAGCUCGACUCGGGGCGGCCGCUUAUUGUUGCUAUUGCUCCUGAUGGGGCAUGCCGACGAGGGGCUUGUUGCGGAUCCGGUCGCUGUCGUCUCCACUAUGGAAAACAAGAGUAAUGGUAACAAACAGAGAAGAUUAGAGCUCGAAAAGGAGGUUGCUGACCUUCAGAGGAUGCUCUGUGAUGAAGAGAGAGUGCAUGAAAUUUUGGAACGUGCAUUGGUUCCACAAAAUGCUCUAAAAACGCUGCAUAUCCCAAAUUUCCUUCCUAAAAAGACAAAGGAACUGCUAGCAGAACUGGUAAUGGUGGAAGAAGAGAUAGCUCGACUGGAAAGAGAAAUAAGUAAAGUUCGAGAAGGCCUGCAAAAUGUGCAAGGAGCUCAGGAACAGAAUUUCCCAAAAUUUCAUGAACAUAAACAUGCAAAUGGAGAUGUAGCUAAACCUCCCAUCAAAAUGCUGAACGCCAUGCCAUCUCUGCCUAAUGGAAAAGUAUUGCAGGAUAAUAUAGAAUUAGAAACCAAAUCUAUGUUCUACAUAAAUCAGGCAAUAAAGGGGGAUGUUUUAAUUAAUGGUUUGAGCAAAAAGGUAGGUGCUGGAAGAAUAACUAGGUCCGAUCAACAUAAUGAAUGUCAAAGAAUGAUGGAAGUUAAGGGCAGAACUCCAAAAAAUGGUGGAAUCACAGAGAAAGUGACCAUGCCCAAGUUACCUAUGAAGCAUCUUACUAUAAAAAAUGCAGAGGUGGAAUUUCUUCCCAAGAUGUACAAACAACCAUCACUUGGAAAUUCAUCAGACAUGAAUGGUGUGUCUUACCAGCCGAAUAAGUUGUCUGAGAAAAUAGUGAAAUGCCUGAUCUGUAUUUUUCUAAGAUUAUUAAGAACAUCACGAUCAAUGGAUAUUGAAAAAUCAGGAAAUUUGUCAAAGUCAUCGAACUUGCUGUUGAAAUCAGGAAGCUUUCAGGUUGAUGGCAAUUCAAUAUCAAAGGGAAGAACUUCAUUUCAAAGGGAAAUAAGGCACCACGAUCCAUAUGGAAUUUUUGAGUUUGAAGACUCUCUUUCCAGAGAUAUUGGUCCAUACAAGAAUCUUGUCAAAUUUUCCCCCUGUUCUUCAGAUUACAAGGAAUUUUCUUGUUCUCUCUCUCUAAUGAAGAAGCUAAGUCUAAACUAUUAUUGCAGGGGUUUAAGCAGGAGCCUUCAGGAUGUGGACUUGAGAAAUUUGACGGACCGAGAAAAAUUAGCCUUUUGGAUCAAUGCUCAUAAUAUUUGCAUGAUGCAUGGUUUUAUAGAGGUUGGAAUGCCUUCAAAUCCAGAAAUGGUUCAAGGAAUCGAAAAUAUGGCAAUACUGGAUAUAGGAGGUAACAAACUUAGUGCUCUAAUGAUCAAGCACCUUCUAAGAUGGCCAUCAAAUUCUAAUGAGGUAUGUUUAAUUCUAAAUCUAUUCAAAAACUAUAUUGUUGACAGUUUUAUAUGCAUUAUUUCACAGGAAAGAAAAGGUAACAGGAAUGAUAAAGAAAAAUUACCAGAACAUUAUGAAUUGGGGCACUCAGACCUGAACGUUGUAUUUGCAUUAUGUUCUGGUUACAAAUCUUCUCCAGCUGUCAAGAUAUACACAGCUGAUGGCGUGACCAGUGAGUUGGAAAAAUCUAAAUUGGACUAUUUGCAAGCUUCAAUAGUAGUCACCACUACAAAAAGAAUUAUGAUUCCACAUUUCCUAGCCUCAAGCAUGCAUGAGUUUGCCACAGACUUGGAUUCUUUAGUUCACUGGAUUAUCAAUCAGCUUCCAACUUCUUGGCCUUUAAGGAAGUCCAUGCUGGAGUGCUUGAAAGGACAUACGCCUGGGCGAAUAUCUCUUGCAGUGGAUGUAAUUCCUAGUGUCUCUGAGAUUCAGUAUCUUCUGCCCAUGUGAGUUGGUAUAUUUUUUUUACAUCUUUUUGUGAAAUUUGGAAAAUGUAAUGGAAAUGUGACCAUUUAAAUCGUAUAUUCUGAAACUGAUAGCUUUAUGUAUGGUUUCAGAGUAUACAUGUGGAUCUGUAUAUAUGACUAAGCUUCCAAGUUUAUUCUACUUACAAGCUUGUAA